GGGAAUCUGGCCGGAAAUCCCGCUUCCUGUUGUAGAUAAGCCUGGCGCAGCCCAGCUGACCCCAGACCCUCCUCCCUCCAUCUCCCAUGUCGCAGGAUCAAAUCCCUAAGGCGGAGAAGCUGUCCACCCUGCCCAACCCCCAUCACCUCGUAAACGCGCCCGGCCCCUGUCCCCCGCCUUGCCCAGCCCGCUGUUCCCCAAGCCAUUCCUGCACCAGGGCAGCUCCACAGGCCGCAUCCCUGAGGCGCGGGGCGCGGCUCGGCUCCGCCCCCGGACCUGCAACUUGACCCAGGCUGCGACCCCCUGCUCUGACGUCUCGGAAAAUUCCCCCCUGCCCAGGUCCCCCGGGGGGCGGGUGUGCGCGGGGUAUGAAAUGGGGUGAGACCCCCGGCCAGGGGCAGAGGAACCCGCCAGAGGUCAUUCCAAACGAGCACCCAUGGACGCAUGGAGCCGCGAUGAGACCCCACCGCAGGAAGUGCCUCCGGGGAACAAGCUGUCAGGCCUGGAAGAGACCGAAUUUGGCUUCUAUUUCCCUGAACUGGUGCUCCAAGGGGAGGCAGCGACAGGCGAACAGUGCUGGAAAGGGUUCCCGGAGCUAGACUGGAGCCCCGCGUUACCACGUCCAGAACAUGCAUGGGGAGCAGAGCUCACCCCUCAGGCCCCUGCGUGGUCCGGAGACUGGACACACCUGGCGCGCACCGCCUCGGACCCUUGCAGCCUCGCCUCCCAGCGCCUGGAGCCCGCCCUCCGCGGCCCGGGCCACGCCCCCUUCGCUGGCUCCGAAGUGGCGGCCGGCCAGAACUGUGCCCCCUCGUGGUCGCCUACCCAGGCCGCCAGAAGCACCGCGAGCUGGGACUAUGCAGUCGUCCCCAAAGGCGCCACCUACUGGGACAGUGGCCUCUACGGGGAGUCCCGCGCGGACUAUACCAUUUCGUGGGGCGAGCCUGCGGCUUCGGACUGUACCACCAUGUGGAAUCUGGGGCUGCAUACAGAUUGCAGCCUCUCUUCGAACAGGUUCCAGAGUUCAGCUCUAACCACCUCCUCCGAACAGAACCAGCCGUCGGACCGUGCCACCUCGACUCGUUACCCCAAAACGAACCACAGAGGUCCCAUUCAGCUGUGGCAGUUUCUCCUGGAGCUACUCCGCGACGGGGCGCGUAGCAGCUGCAUCCGCUGGACAGGCAACAGCCGCGAGUUCCAGCUAUGUGACCCCAAAGAGGUGGCGCGGCUGUGGGGCGAACGCAAGAGGAAGCCGGGCAUGAAUUACGAGAAGCUGAGCCGAGGCCUGCGUUACUACUACCGCCGCGACAUCGUGCAGAAGAGCGGUGGGCGAAAGUAUACCUACCGCUUCGGGGGCCGCGUGCCUGGUUUGGCCUUUUCGGACUGUUCGGGGGUCCUGCAGGGAGCAGAGACCCAAUAAAAUAUCCUGCCAAACUUU